AUGGCCCCGCUCGCCCUCCAAGAGGCUCACAAGUCACUCAAGACAGCUCUCACUCGCGCACACGGUCCAGCAUGCCCUUACUACCAUCGCCCGCACGACAUUCCCGCUCCCGCAGCGCUGCUCAUCGGAGUGUCCGCCCUCGCCGCCCCUCACGUACCUUUCCGCACGGGAUCGCCCGGCGUGAACCGUCUGCUCGUCGAGUUGAGGCGCAACGCACCGGCGGCGCAGGCACGUGUGCAGGCGAGGACGUUCGCGACCAGUGUCCGGACGCCGGCGAGACUCGUUGAAGGACCUCGCGAGUUUGAGGCGGAUCUCACCAGUGCUCUUUCGGGCGCGAAAGAGACGAGCAGAGUCGGACGGGCGUUGCACUUCCUCGCAGGAGAGACAGGGCGCGGAAUCUUGCGGCAUGCCAAGGCCAGAGUCGAGUCGGCCGAAAGACUCGCUGCGAAGGAGCAGUCUUCCCGGAUACCCUGGUUUUGGCGCACGACUCUCCCUCGAACCGGCUCAUUCGCCUCCCGUCGCGACCAAUGGACCCACAUCCUACACGCCUCAGCCUCGCUCAACUGCGACUUUACUCCAUCAUCUACUUCGCUUGAUCCCGGCCAGUUCAACGACUCGUCCGACUCACGCUCCCGCUCCCGCUCGCACCACCACCAGCACCAUCGUCAAUCGCACGCCGACUCCGAAUUCGACCGCGCACACCAGACAUGCGACGGCCAAGGCGGUGGCCAAGCCGCCCCAGUCGGUGGGUGUCGCUCGAAAGGACCGGGCUGGGGUUGGUACCUCGCCGUGAACGAGCGACGCCGUCGGGACCCCCAGAAGCGCGCGCACUUCAGACAGAUGUAUCGCUCUAUGCAUCCGGAUUUGCCGGAUCCUGGGACGGGGUUCUGUGGGCACUGGGAGGCGAAGAGGGCGUGGGAGAGGAGGUUGAAGGGGAGCGACGGCGAGUGGAGGAGGAGGUGGAAGAGGGACGGGAUGAGGUGGAGCGAGUGCUAUGAGGUCAUGAUCAAGGAGCGGGAUGUGAGGCUGAGGAGGUUGAGGGCGCUCAUGGUGCGAUUGAGGGCCGGAGCGCCGAAUCACCGCUUGAGAAGGAGGAUGGUCGACUCGGCGGCUGGCGCGAGGUACGGGCCUUCCGGCUCGGGACCGUUCAACUACGAAGCCUUCCGCCGCGACUACUGGAGGUCCCGUAUCGCGCCUCACCGGCACAGCGGUCAUGCCCGCCGAAGCGGGACGAAACAGUCUGCUCGAGCGCACGGGUGGUUCGGGCUCGAGCAGAAGCGGAAGAGGGCGAAGAUGGGAUUGGCGUUCUUCACGUGGAGGGCGUGCGAAGGACCGGCGGAUGCGAGGAAGUGGGUCAGGCGGGACGGGCUCGUACAGAAGUCGAUCUUGUGCCGGCCACACCCGCUCGGCGCGGCGCCUGUCGCUCGUCCGCCAUCGACGACUCUGUUCGCAUCGACUGCGCCGCGACUUUCGACGACCAGCUCGGCUGCUCGCGCUUUCUCGACGAGCGCACCUCGACAGAUCCCCCUCCCGCCGCCCAACCUGCCCUUCUGCCUCCUUUUCGCUGCACCAGCCUGGCCGACCGAGUGCGCUCUCCCCCUGCUCCUCCCCCUCGUCUCCAUCCUCAAGUCAUCCGCCGCACUCAACGUUCUCGCCACGAUCACCCGCAUCUCGCUCACCCUCCUCCCGCUCUCCUUCCGCGGCAAGAUCAUGCACUCCCUCCGCGAGCGCUACGUCCGCGACCCGACUUCACUCGCCUCGUCUGUUCUCGGCCGGAUGGUCCUCAAGUCAGGCAACGCCGCCCAACUCGCACAGCCUUCAAGCGGUUUCUGGCGCUGGAACGCCCUCGUCGGUCUUCCUCUCCUCCUCGCCACACCUCUCGUUCUACUCGCACUUGUCGCACUCGCAAGUCUCGAGCGGACGCCCAUCACCGGAAGAUGGAGGGUCGUCAUGCUCUCGCCGGCCGAAGAAGCCGAACUCGUCGACUCGAUCCUGUCGUCGGCUGACAAGUCGCCGUUCGUCGCUUCACCGCCCGAAGGCACGACGCGCGACUGGGUCACGAUCUUGAGGAAGGUGCUCGAAUUGCCGGACGAAGGCGUCUCCCCCGCGACUGGCAGAAGACGGCUGUUGGGCGGCGAGGUGCUCGACCAGCGAGAUUGGCGGGUCAGGUGGACGCAGGCGGUUCUCGAAGCGCUCGAAAAGGGCGCGCCAGCGGCUUUGGUCGCCUCGUCCGGCUCUUCCUCGCCCUCCGUCAUGCCCCCUCCGCCCACCGCCUUUCCGCUCGAACCGCGACCCGAAGCUCUCGGUCAAGGUGCCGCAGGCUGGGCCGACGAGCUUGUCCUCUCGAAGCCUCUUGAGGCGCGCCAUGCUCGGACCGAACACGACGAGGCAGGUGUGCUGCUUCGACUCGAGUACGACUUGCUCGUCAUCGACCGGAAGGACGCGAAUGCGUUCUCCUUCGGGUUCGGGCCGGACGAGGUACCCAGCGGACAGGCGGCGAAACCGAGGCGAGGCGUGAUCGUCGUCUACACCGGCUUCAUCGACGAGAUCCUCGGUCGAAACGGUACCGACGUUCCCAUCCUCUCGCAACCAACUCCCACGCCGGCCAAGCGGUCGCUCCUCGGCCUCUCGCGCUCGACUCCUGCAGCGACACAACCCGUACCGCACGACCCUAUCGCUGCCAACCUCGUCCCGCCAAUCCUGCCCACCGAUGCGCAGACCAAGGCGCUGGCCGUCUUGCUCAGCCACGAGCUCGCGCAUCUUGCGCUCUCGCAUACGCUCGAGAGCUACGCCAGCACGAGCUUGCUCGUCCCGCAUCUUGCUCGACUGACCACGGACGUCCUCCGAACGAUUCUUUACCCCGUCACCGCUAUCCUCGGACCCUUCAUCAACGAUGCGCUCGGCGGCGCGCUGAACGAGGGCGCAAGAGAAGGACUCGGCGUGCUCGGUCAGGCCGUCAACAGCUGCGAGAGUCGCAAGCUGGAGAGUGAGGCGGAUGUCGUUGCGCUCCGCAUGCUCGCCACGUCAGGCAUCGACCCUCACUGCGCACUCUCCUUCUGGGAGGACCGUCUUUCGUCCCCCGCCCAUUCUCCCGACUCGCCAACCAGCAGCACCCACAACCCGUCUCUCUCGCAGCCAAACCCGCUUCGCCCGCACUCGACGCACGAGCAGGACAGCAAGUCGCUCGAUUCGCUUCUCCGCAGUCAUCCGAUCGACGAGGAGCGAGUCGAGCGGAUCCGCCACGAGUUGCGGGACUGGGAGAAGUGGUGGGCGGAGGUGAAGGGGCAUCAGGGGAUCGCGGCAUGA